UUCCUCAUAGGUGCGGAUACAAAGAUGGCGGAGGAGGAGAGCCAGUGUGAAGAAUUUGAGCAAAUAGACUUUUUACGGGACCGACAUGUCCGCUUCUUCCAGAGAACACUGCAGGUGUUGCCGGAGAGAUACGCCUCGCUGGAAACGACCAGGUUAACCAUCAUAUUCUUUGCCCUGUCUGGUCUGGACGUGCUGGAUGCCCUCGAUGUGAUCGACAGGAAGCUCAUGAUUGAAUGGAUCUACUCUCUACAGGUUGUACCCGCAGAGGAUCAAUCAAACCUAAGUCGUUGUGGGUUUCGAGGAUCAUCACAUAUUGGAAUUCCUUACAGCACUAAGGGUCCAGGAGUCCUCCAUCCAUACGACAGUGGCCAUGUAGCUAUGACCUACACUGGGCUUUGCUCGUUGCUAAUACUGGGAGACGACCUGAGCCGUGUUAACAAACAGGCCUGUCUGGCUGGUCUCAGAGCGCUGCAGCUGGAGGACGGCAGUUUCUACGCAGUGCCAGAGGGAAGUGAAAAUGAUAUACGCUUUAUCUACUGUGCAGCCAGUAUCUGUUACAUGCUGGACGACUGGUCAGGCAUGGAUAUUCAGAAGGCCAUUGAGUACAUCAGAGGAAGUUUGUCGUAUGACAAUGGGUUUGGCCAGGGAGCCGGGAGAGAGUCCCAUGGCGGCUGGACGUACUGCGCCAUAGCCACUCUGUGUCUGAUGGGUCGUUUGGAGGAGGCGCUGAGUCAGCGGGAGCUGGACAGGAUCCGGCGCUGGUGCAUCAUGAGGCAGCAGAGCGGCUUCCACGGUCGUCCCAACAAGCCUGUAGACACAUGCUACUCCUUCUGGGUGGGAGCUACGCUAGAGCUGUUAGAUGUGUUCCAGUACACAAACUUUGACAAGAACAGGAGCUUCAUCCUGUCCACACAGGAUCGGCUUGUGGGGGGAUUCGCCAAAUGGCCCGACAGCCAUCCAGACCCUCUCCAUGCCUACUUAGGCUUGUGUGGCCUGUCUCUGAUUGGAGAGCCCAGCCUGAGGAAGGUCCAUCCAGCUCUUAACAUCACCCAGAGAGCCUUUCAGCACCUCCAGCAGCUGCAGCAGACAUGGAGGGACAGCACAGGCAGCUGCGGCAGACAGCACUGACAGCAGGACGAGCCGCAGCUUCAGUCAGGAGCUGCUCACAGCGGUCAGUCAAAGGCAACUGGACGUUUGCUGCGUGUCUUCAAGAUGUUUGGCCGCUCGAUCUGAGAGGCCGCAUUCUUCGCUUGCUUGGCACCCUGGUUACACAGCUGUAACUUCGGGGAGAAACAUUUCUGUUACCCAAUCUACGCUGCUCUUUUUUGCUGCGUUUUUAUUAGUAGACCGUAGUAAAUGAUAAUGCUCAUUGUGGUUUGUGGGAAUUAAAAUGUGCCAGAGAGUCAAUAAGAGCCAUUGGAGACUUAAAGAAAUUCCAGAUGCCUCAAUUUUGCAUUAUAAUGAUUAUAAUGUCUCCUGUUCUCAUCAUCAUGGUCAAAAGCACAGUUAACUGUGAACUUCCCACUGACAAUUGAUUCACUUCUCAUAGACAUGAGGUAGUAUCCUGUAUGUCAGUGUAUUUCCCAGGAGGGAACAUCUAAAUUAUCUUUUUAGUAGUUCAGGCCGGUCUGAUUUAAUGUGAAUAUGCACUAGAUAGAUUGUUAAUGAAUUAAGACCUUAUAUUCUACAUGACAAAUUAAAUUUUUCUUCACAAACCAGUAAAACCCCAGUGGUAAUACUGGAGUGAAUUCUUUAAAUUUAGAUUUAGGUUCCUACAAUCUCAUACAAAAAGAAAAAGCCACAGUCCUCCAGACAGGUAAAGUGUUUUUUUGUCCUCACCAGCCCUUGUAACAUCUCCAUCCUUACAAUGCUCUUGAAUUCUCAAAACCCUUAAGCUCUUCACUCCCAAAGGUGAUGCCAGCCUCGCAGGUUUACUCUCCUCUGAGUUUCUCCCUUCAGCGUCUUCCAGUUUCACCACUUCAGGCUCUGCUCAGUGAUCAAGAGAUUUAAGUGAUAACACAACUCCUCUGAGGUCAAAUCUGUGACUGUAGUCAGGAGGGAAAAAUGUAAACCCCCUCAAAAUAAGAUUAAAGUAUAUUUAGCUACGGGGGAGAAAAUCUAAUUUUAUUGUUCAAAUUUUUCCUAAAGGCAAUACAAAAAUGGAUUUGGCCUUAAGGAAUUUAGUUAGGAGUGGGGAAAAUCCCUUCUCUCCUACAAUCUGGUAGCUGUCAAUUUUAGCAGCAGAUCCGAAGCCCAACAUCCCCCUGACUCCAGAUCUGAUCUAUGCUCCCUCAGAAGCUUUCAUACUCGAGGCACGAGCUGCCCGGAAAUCAAUUGUAGGAAAGAUGAGGCAGUGGUGUUGUAACUUGAGGAGAUGUGUUCUUUUCAACCACACUGGGGAUGCAGUCAUUUUAUUUUCAGAACAACAAGGAUUCAAACAAAACCUGAGAACAAUGUACAUGAGCAGAAUGUGCCACCAAGAGGCGGGACAACUGAUUGGUUUAACGUCUUUUAAAUUGUUGACCAAGGUCCAAUACACCACUGGACUCAUCUGAAGCCCCACCCAUUCUUUCCACAGAUGCUCAUCAGAUUUUAAACUAAAUUUAAGUUCAUACAAGCUUUUGAACUGAUCCACGUAUGAGAAACAUAUUUUUUAAAGGUUGUAUAUAUAUAUAUAUAUGAUAUACAAUACAAUAUUUUAAACGCCUCACAUAGCAGCCAAUAAUUAUUUUCUGUGUAAAGACAUGGAGGAGUAGAUGCGUCCUUAGCAGAGAACUGACACUCCCUCUGUAUGUAGUGUUUACUAGCUGCCAUGGGCCAUUAAGGAUCAGCUGUGUUCAGGCUGCAAGAUGGAACGAAGCAGUGAAAUACGUAUUAAAAACUGACAUUUACAGGUGAAGCAUCUCCCUCAACAUUAUCAGGAGCACCAACCAGUAGAUUAAAUGGAUUGUUUUUUUCUCAUCUCACGGAGCAAUUUAACUGGGGUUCACAACACCCACAGAUUGUAUGUGAUGUGGCCGAUGAGAUAUUUGUUUCGAUCCGAGAUGUUGCUGCUAGAGUUCAACAUUUACCAUCGGUAAUUAUGAAAUAUGACCUUUGAAUCUUAAUUCGAUCACUUAAACUCUAAUCUGAGCUCAACCAGUUCCUCGUCUUAUUAAACCAGCUACACAGAUUUCUCCAGACCCCAGUGAAGCUAAAACUCUUUCAUUAUAAGACCCUGACAAAGCAAACACCUGCUCCCUGACACGACGGGCGAGAAGGAGACGAUAUCACAGCAGCUCAGAAAUGCAGUGGCCUGUCUGCAGCAUGUUACCUUGUGGGACAGGAAUAAAAAUACUGUUUCAUUGGUGCUUUUCUUUGCCCCAUCUAAAAUACAGCUGUUGCUCACUUCUUCUUAUUUGCAGCCAAGUUGCCCUCUUUUUUUUUUUUCUUCUUCUUUUCUCCUGAGACUUAGAAACCAGACCGGGUGGACAGAGGAAAGCAGAGAAGUGGAUAAAUAAAUAAUUUGAUCCAUCCAUUAUUGAGAGUAAACCGUCGGAGGCUGGAAUCUCCUCCUCCCUGAACCCCCAAACAAACCUCCAGUGUUAAGUAGACCCCAGUUUUGUGCAGAAACAACUACGUCUUGUAUCACUGUACUGUUUUAAGUUAGGCUUUUGCCGGCGCCAAUAGGCUUUGCUGCAGUUACUUGUGGGGAUUAAGCCAACUUCUCUGCGGCUUUAUUUCUUUACAGACAUUUUGUUAUUUACCACAAAAUUACCUCUUACCCUCUGGGAUCGGUAAGAUAUUUCUUUCAGUGCUGCUGCCGAACUGAGCCUCUGACACACAAGUUCAACAAGAUUAGCCGUUUAACUAUUCAUGAUUUAAAAUGCUGUUGUUUUUUUCAAUACUUUGUUGUGAGAUGUCUGAAAUCUGAAGAGUGGUGUUGAAUGAACAAAUCCACUGAAAGACAACGGCUGCUCCUGCACCGCCACUGUGGAGCCAGAUCUAUUGAAAUUGAGUGAACAUGUCUCUCGUGUGUCUUCUGAAGUGACUCUUACUACGUGUAUAAUCUCCUUCAGUGGAGUUCUGUCCUCGGCCAAAUCACAGUGCGAGACCAUUGACUCGGACUUGACUCUGAAAUGUGCCUCGUGUAGUAUCGUGCUGGGUCUCUGCUCUCUGAAUGCCCUCUGACUUCUGAUUUCACUACAUGUGCAUCUUAAACUUACUUAAAUUGAGCUUCACUAGGUUUCUUGAAAGGUCUUGAAAAUACAUGUUCUCUUUAGGAUGGAGGGAGGAGAACUGUAAACCUUCAGGAAGUGGAACAUCUACUCUGCAAAGUGCCACCUUCACUUACUGAGACAGACGCACGAAAAGCUGACUGGUAGAAGUUGUUUUUACCAGAAUCUCACUCUAUCUCUCCCAUGUCCGAUCGAUAGUGUAUUUCCAGAAGAUGGAAAGAAUUCAUUGUGGCAGAACCCAUAAAUGCUUGCUCCACUUUGAAAAGGUUGAGAGAUUGGAUGGAUGGAUCUGUCACUUACCGCAGAGGAAGGAUGCAUCUCAGCAGUUGUUGUAUUACGUCUUUUUUUGCUGCGUCACGCUGCAGUCGAUGCUCGUGGCCCCAGAGCAUGAAAACAUGUGGACUGACACUCCGCGCUUUACAUGGGGCCGCACUGCAGAGAUCGUUUCAGUUCAUUGAGAUGCAGCUAAAACGCCACAUGUGGCCCACCAUGAACCUUUGCUCCUUCACCAACUAACAUACAUAAUGUAAGAAGAAAUGAUGUAAGAAGAAAUGUAACGGAGUUUAUUUUUUCUAUGCUUUGUAGAAAUAUUCAGUGUAGAUAAACGUGUAAAUGUAUAAAUAUGUGUCUUAUUGUGCAAGUGCUCAAGGUGAAAAAAGAAAAUGUUUACAGUGAAAUCAGUGAGGUGGUUAAUGGAAUUGGAUAUGAAAACGUUUGUAUGUGAUGAAUGAUAGUUCUUCAGCUUUGAAUUUGAGGACGGUAAUGAUUCUAGCUUGGCAGUGUAUAAUGUAUUUAUGGUGAAUAAAAACACAAACUAACUUUUACAAUA